ACACACACACACACACACACACGCGGGCGCGCACACACACGCACACAAGCGCAGCUGUUGAAAUCCUUUGCCCUGGGAGCAGAGCAACAACAGAGUGCGCCGCUGUGGAAUCGCGUUACCCAGGAGGCACACUCCCGCCACACAAAUAGGAUGUACCGCAAGGGCGAGUGAAUGAACUGGUUUGCCGCUUCCCUCUUUCCCGAUCUGGAGCUAGUUUUGCGCUGGUGAGGACGGCGUCAUGCUGCUUUUCCCAGGAUACCCUGCUGCCCAAUGAGAGACGCCAAAGAAACGGCAAAACAGGUGACGAGCGGCUUCCAGGACUGACAGACGAAGCAUGAGCACAGCUGCUAGCCAGGGGGUGGUGACGACCCCCCCGCCACCCGGCGCCACUGCCCACAAGGAGCGCUACUUCGACCGUGUCAACGAGAGUGACCCUGAGUACCUUCGCUCCCGCAACAUGUCCCCGGACCUGCGGCAGGACUUCAACAUGAUGGAGCAGAAGAAAAGGGUCACGCAGAUCCUGCAGAGCCCGGCCUUUAAGGAUGAGCUGGAAGGACUGAUCCAGGAACAGAUGAAGAAGGGGAACAACCCCACGGGGCUACUGGCCCUGCGACAGAUCGCCGACUUCUUCAUGGCGAGCUCUGUGGCUGGCUUCUCCACCUCCCCCCUCAGCCUCGGGAUGGUCACUCCCAUCAACGACAUGUACGGAGUGGAGUGUUCCACACUGGCCAAGGGGGAGAAGCAGAUUCGCUGUAAACUGGCCAGCCUCUACCGCCUGGUGGACCUUUUCAGCUGGGCCCACUUCUCCAGCUCCUACAUCACCGUUCGCAUCAGCAAAGAGCAGGACCACAUCCUGAUCAUCCCCCGGGGCCUGUCCUUCGCAGAAGCCACGGCAGCCAACCUGGUGAAGGUGAACAUCCUGGGUGAUGUUGUGGAGCAGGGCACCACCAACCUGCGCAUCGACCAGCCCGGCUUCAGCCCCCACGCUGCCAUCUACUCCGUGCGGCCCGACGUGCGCUGCGUGGUCCACGUGCACACCCCCGCCACCGCCGCUGUCUCCUCCAUGAAGUGCGGCAUCCUGCCCAUCUCCCAGGAGGCCCUCAUCCUCGGGGACAUCGCCUACUACAACUACCAGGGAUCUCUGGAUGAGCAGGAGGAGAGGAUCGAGCUGCAGAAAGCCCUGGGCCCGUCUGCCAAGGUGCUGGUGCUGAGGAACCAUGGUGUGGUGGCGCUGGGCGAGACCAUGGAGGAGGCCUUCCACUACAUUUACUCUGCGCAGUUUGCGUGUGAGAUCCAGGUAAACGCUUUCUCCUGUGCUGGAGGAAUGGACAACCUCAUAGUUCUGGAUGUGGAGAAGUACAAGCCUAGGACCCACGGAGUGGCACUCGCCGGGGUCAACAUGGGCAGCCAGACCAAGUGGAAAGCGGGGGAACUGGAGUUCGAGUCCCUGAUGAGGAUGCUGGACAACCUGGGCUACCGGACAGGCUACGCCUACCGACACCCCAUUGUGCGGGAGAAGCCCCGUCACAAGAGCGAGGUGGAGAUCCCCGCCACGGUUACGGCCUUCGUGUUCGACGACGAGGACGGCGCCCCGCGGCGUCCCUUGCGCCUCCUGUCCCAGCGACAGCAGCGGGAGAAGACCCGGUGGCUCAACUCACCCAACAGCUACACCAAGGUCAGCGUGGCAGAGGACGCUUACAAAGAGGACAUUGGCAGCCCCCGGACCAAGACCAUGUGGAUGAAGGCAGAAGAUUCCAGCAACGGCAGCGGCACUGCAAUCAGAAUCGAGGACCCCAAUCAAUUCGUCCCCCUGAACACAAACCCAAGUGAAGUGCUGGAGAAGAGAAACAGAAUCCGGGAGCAGAACAGACACGACCUCAUGACAGCCGGACCUCAGUCGCUGGUGUUGGCCGGAAUCGUAGUGGAUCGUCAGCCGCCCUUCGUGGCACCCGAAGAUGACCAGAUGGAGCCUCUUCCUCCCAACCCGUUCAACCAGCUGUCCGAGAAGGAACUGGAGCAGUACAAGAAGAACGUGGAACGUGGACAGCUUGGCAUGGAGGAAAACCACACGGGCGUGAUGCUCAAUGGCAAGGACGACGACCACGACACGGAGCUGGAGCUCAGCAAGCGCAUCAGUCAGCUGACCACCAGCGGCGAGAGCUUAGAGAUGACGCCCAGGGCCGGCGAGAAGAUCGAGGAGGCGCUGUCCCCCGAGAGCUCCCCGUCCAAGUCGCCUAACAAGAAGAAGAAGAAGUUCCGCACCCCCUCCUUCCUCAAGAAGAGCAAAAAGAAGGAGAAGGGAGAGGCCUAGGCUCCAGGCCCUGGGGGGGGGCCGUGUUUGCGACCCACCCUGUUAAAAAUGACGCUGCACAUUUUGGGGAAAGGAAAAGAAAAAAUAGUGUGAAAGUGGUGACUUGAGUUUAACAAAUCUCUAUCUAGGGGGUGCUUUAUUAUUCCCCUCCCCCUCCAGGAAGGGGGAGAGGGUGUGUGGGGGGGGGGGGGGUUAUAAAUUUGUGAGCCAAACAAAGUGGGAAGCUUCCUUAAAAAAAACUGGCUCUUGUCGUUCCCAUCUCCUCUGCCAAGCACUGAACGCAGGAUUCGAGCGCAAGCCUUGCAGAUGCAUCCUAGACGGGCCGGGCUGCGGCCGCAGGCGCUGCAGCUCGACACGCGUCAGUCGCAAUUAAACUGCACAACCGAGGUUGUUCAUAGCUUUCACCCUGGAAACUCUGCCCUUGUAUUACCAGCUUUGGUUUAUUCUGAUUAUUAUUGCUAUUGUUGUUUAGGACCCGCCUCCAUUCAUGUCAUAAAUCCCCCGGUCCGUAGCGGAUCGCAGCUGGACAGCUAGCGGAGGCUGAUGCCACACUGGAAACUGUUAGUACGAGAUCGCGAGGCGUUCCCCGUGAGCGGCUCGCCAGCCAUUAGUCCCCCCCCCAGGCUGACUUUCGGCCAGUCGCCCUCUGGGGGAGUAGCCGUUCAUUCUGCACUGACUGUUUUUAACCCGUGUAGCGUUCAAGCUGUUUUUCUCCUCUUUUUUUAUUUUAUUUUAAGUUUCGUUCUUGCCAAAUGGAAAAACACACAAAAAAAAUCACGUUUUAGUGACUCUCAAUCUUGACGUUUUUUUCUGGUUUUUUUUUUCUUCUUGUUUUUUCCUCAAACGACUCAAUUUUUAUUUUUAUUUUUUUUUACUUUUUAGAAACCGAAAGCCUGGUGGUAGCUCCUGUUUUAUACGCAUUCUAUAAUUUUUUCAGAGAAUAGAAUUCAAAUAGGAAGCAUGUUAUGAAUUUAUACCGCUGACAAUUUGAUAAUGCCUGUUUCUAUAGGAUUAUAUUAAAGGCAUUAUAGGUCAGAUUACUAAAACUAUAUAAAGGAGAUUAUAUAAAUAUAUAUUAUAUAUAAAAAACUAAAAAGUGGUUAUAGAUUUUUUUAAUUAUAUAUUUUUUAUUUUACUUUGCUGCACUUUUGUGGUAUAUAGCGAACUGUAGAUGCAGAAGUUUCACCAAAUGAAGGAGAACGAGAAGAGAAAGGGGAUGUUUGUGACAGGCAGGUGCAGGGCGUGCUAUACAUUAGGUUUUGGUAAGUGCGUUAAUGACAAGUAAUGGAUACUUUUGUGCAUUACAGCAAAAUGUCAUUUGUGUUUGAGUUUGUUUCAAAAAUGAAAAUACCCCACCCCCUUUCUCCCCCCCCAGAUAAAGCACAAAUGGCAGCAGUUUGGUCUUAUGCAAUUUGGUUUUUAAGGUCCACCAUUUUGACCUUUUAGGCUCCAAGGUCAUUGACAGGCAUGGCGGAUACACACCCGAUCAACGCGACACUCCGGUGGGUUAAGCCCCGCCCCCUUUCCACCCAUAGGCUUGCACAGGUGUCAAUCACUGCGUGGUGUCAGUAUCGCUUUGUCUGACCGCUUCCAAUUGAAGUUCUUCAGAAAGUUAAUAUUUUUUUCAGCUUCUAAUGAUCGGUCCUAUUCGGUCUCCCCUCAGUCAUCUGCAGAUUUUUUUUUCCCCCUCUGGAGCAUGUCCAGACGGGGGAGGGGGGGCGGUUCACCUCGAGAGGCCGAAGUUGAGCUGUCUGUCAUUCUGCAGAGCUACCACAGCUUAAUAUCCCAGCCAGCAAUGUGAAUUGUUUGCGUUUGACAUGAAGAGCAGGGGGGGCUUCUUUUAAGCUGUGUAAAUAGCAUGUUGCUUUGGCUGGGUCUGGGUCUGGACACAGAGAUGGAUGAAAGCUGAACGAGGCGGUACCUUCACGUAGGCGGCAGACGUUGGCAUUUACUCUGUAGGAGAGGGUCUCUCCAACAAACACCAAUACAUUCUAACUUGUAGAUUUUCAUAGGCUACUGUUUUCUGUUCAAAUGUACCUUUUACCAUUUGUAUUACAAUAUGUUCUAAAAUUUAGUUUUACCAGAAUACUAAAGCAUUUAUUAACCAUUUAAGAGCGCGAACUACUCCCAGACGAAUGGCUUGGCUUUGAUUUUUUUUCUUGACGUUUCGCACCUUGUUUGCUUUUUCCGUCUUUUCUUUGAUUUUUCUUUCUCCUCAGAUCGCUUCGGCAUGCGAGUUUGAGCCAAGCUUACCUGUGACCUGUGGAAACUAUGUAAAUGGAUAUGUCAUGGAGUUGCUUUUAGAUGUAUUGCUAAUCAGUGUAAAUUCACAAAUAAAGUGUAUUUUAAGAA